UGCCAAAAGCGAGGAUUUUUGCGCGGCGAUGAACGCAUGAACCUGCUCCCACGACCAACACCACCAACCAACGCACUCCAAACAAACAAGGAGGAGGAGGAGACGACAAUUGUCAACCGCCAACCUUCUUCCCUCCCUGCCUGCCUCUUCAUUAUCCGCGCAUUGAUCCAGAGAGGCACCUCACAGCAACUGCAGAACAGCAGCAUAUCAGCAGCAGCAGCAGCCAUGGGAGAUCACCCUUCCUUCGGCGACCUGAACGACGCCAGCGACUUCUUCAACGACAUGGCGUCGGAUCCCAACGCGAACUUUGACCUCUUCUUGAGCCAGCACACCACGGCUGCACCUGGCGUCUCGUCCUCGUCACAGCAACACAUGGCUCCACACACAUCAGCGGCCAACCCGCACGGCGGCACCGGCCCCGCCAGCGUCGCCAGCGCCCACAGCCACAGCCAAAGCAACAGCACUGCACAGAGUCACAACGCCAGCACCAUGUACAGCCCAGCAACCGACCCCUCGGCAGCGCAGCACGAUCAAGACACGCCCUCAUCUUUUGCACACCAGGUCAACGGCAACGGCCACGGCAACGGCUACAACAACAGCAGCACCAACGGUAGCACCAACGGCAGCACCAGCAGAGGCGCCAACGCACACGCGCGCACGUCUGCAGCGCCCGCACCACGGCCGCCACCCCUCAACUUGCACGCAACAACAGCAUCGUCAUCAGCAGCUGCGCCACCAGCAAUGCCCUCCGCGUUUGACAUGGGCAACCCCUCCCUAUGGACGCCAUCGCCGUCGACCGCCGCCAUGACCAGCACAGCCGCACCCGCUUCUGCGUUUGGACUGAAUCUCACGCCGUUCCCGCCUGGCCUUACCCCGGCCCUGCAGAUCUCCCCUGGCGUGCCCGCGUCCACCAUGGCGCCCGCAUCCACGGCUGGCGUCGUUGGGCGCGUUCAACCGCCACGUGCCAACGGAGCACAGCCGUCGUCAUCAUCAUCGGCAGCGCUGAGCAACCUUCUCGCUGCUGCAAACAGCACUGGCCAGCCACUGCUCCAGCCAAUGCAGCGGCAACCACCACCUCAACAGCAGCAGCAGAUGAUGAUGAUGCAGUCGCAAAUGCACCCGCAGCAACAACACUCACAAUCUCAACACCUCCACCACCUCCCCCAACACCAACAGCAGCAGCAGCGUCGCGGGCACGGGGCAGCGCGUACGGCAGCGGAGAGCGACAAUGAUUUCACAGCAGGGCCGCCUCGUAAACGCGCACCGCCAAGCAUGCACCCCAGCAGUCAAGCCCCCGCUGCACUCCGGGAGCACGUGAGCCGGUAUCUGACGGACGUGUCACACAUGCCGCGGCCAGGCCCAAACCAAGUCAUCACCAUCCUCCACUCCCGCGUCGUGCAGAAGAGUUACGGCAACGAAAAGAGGUUCUUCUGCCCACCCCCCGCCGUGCAGCUCUCUGGCCAGCGCUGGCACAACUCGCCCUUUGGCGAUGUGCGCAUGUUCGUCAGCAUGGGCAGUGUGCACACCAACGGGCCCCACCACGCUGUGGAACUCGACCAGAAUUUCUACGGAUGCGCAAAGUCACUUUACAUCUCGGACACCGACAAGCGCAAGAGCUUCUGCCUCCACUUUAAGGUGUUCCACUCCAAGGACGAGGAGCGCGGGCGCGACGUGGGCACGUUCACGUCAAAGCCCAUAAAGGUCAUCUCAAAGCCGCCAAAGAAGAAGAACAACGCCGCCCGCUCUCAGUCUGAUCUGUGUGUUGAGACCGGCAGCGAGAUUGCACUCUUCAACCGAGUCCGCUCCCAGUCGGGUAAAACACGAUAUCUCGUUGGUGACCGCGAAGAAGGCUUCAAGAUAGACACGUCGUUCUGGAGCACGUUCACGGUGGACGUGGUGCCCGGCGACGAUUCACAGCAGGCGCGCCAGUCCGCUGCCACCUUUGUCAACUACGGCUCAACAGUCACCCUCACGUGCUCGAACACGAACCAGAAGCUCGGCCCCUUUCUUGUGCGCCGCGUGGAGAACAGGAAACUCACGGAUGCCGACAACGACCCCGUCAGCCAACUGCAGAAGGUUGCGUUCCAAGCAACGGAAGGUGCUCGCGGGUUUGUGACGAUGGUCGAGGACGGGAAGGUUGGCUACCGCAGCCCAAAGGCGCUGGCCAGUGGCGCACAGCAGCUCACGGACGCCUCGCUCUGGACCGUCACCUCAUGCGAUCGGGUGACGUUUUCGUUCUGUGAACCGCCUCGUCCGGAUGUGACGGCGGCGCCCGUCAACCCCGUUCCCAUCGUCAGCACCGUCAAGUCGCUGAAUGAGAUGGUUGAGUUGUAUGGAGAGAACUUCAGCACGCACUUGACGGUGUGGUUUGGCACUGUCCCCGCGGAGACGUUUUACCGCUGCGAAGAGCUUGUCCUGUGCCACCGGCCGUCGUUCGACAAGAUCCGCCCAGAUGCCCCCGAUGGCAUCUGCAGAACACCAACGACGGUGCCGCUUCUCCUCGUUCGCAGUGACGGCGUCAUCUACGACACGGGCAAACACUACACAUAUGAGAUUGAUCACGUCGCCAUCAUCCGCGUCAUGGCGAGGCAACGCUCCAGCAGCAAGAUAUCAUUGAGCUCAAACGAACACUGAAUGCAAGAUGGACAACAGUACCCGUCAGACACGUCACGUUUUGUGCUGUUGAUUGCGGUUUUCUUAAGUGCAUCAGUAGCAGUGUCCUGGUUUUGCCUGCUUUGGUUGUCUUCUCUCGCUUCGUUUGCACGCCCUGCCCUCCUUACCAUGUAGCAUUUGCUUGCUUGCUGCGAUGUUGUGCUGUACAAGUGCUCAUGCUGGUUCAUUCCGUGCUACUGGUUCAUUAUUGGAGUCGAAUACUUAAAGCACAUGAAGCAAA